GCUCGAUCAGCGUCCCGACGAAAGAGACGAGACGAAACGAAACCCUCGAACUCGAAGCAAUGGCGACGGCGGACGUCUCGCGGCCCUCCUCCUCCGCGCCGACGGCGGCGGCUGCGGGGGCAGACGGCCACGGGGCGAAGGGGAGCGCCUUCCGCGGCGACGGGCUGCGGCCGUACUACCAGUCGCGCAUCCACGACCUGCAGCUCCAGAUCCGCCAAGGGACGGACAACCUCAGCCGCCUCGAGGCCCAGCGGAACGUCCUCAAUUCCCAAGUUAUAACGCUGGGGGAAGAGUUGAAGGUGCUCCAUGAACCGGGCUCAUAUGUUGGUGAGGUUGUCAAGGUUAUGGGCAAGUCCAAGGUUCUAGUGAAGGUGCACCCAGAAGGAAAAUAUGUUGUUGAUGUCGAUAAAAGUAUUGAUAUUACAAAGCUCUCGCCUUCAACAAGAGUUGCUCUUCGAAAUGACAGCUAUAUGCUUCAUCUUAUCCUGCCCAGCAAAGUUGAUCCAUUGGUUAAUCUUAUGAAGGUUGAGAAGGUUCCUGAUUCUACUUAUGAUAUGAUUGGCGGCCUUGAUCAGCAGAUUAAGGAGAUCAAAGAGGUUAUUGAGCUUCCCAUUAAGCAUCCUGAGCUGUUUGAAAGUCUUGGAAUUGCCCAGCCAAAGGGUGUCCUUCUUUACGGGCCUCCGGGUACAGGAAAAACGCUACUAGCUCGGGCAGUUGCUCAUCACACCGACUGUACCUUUAUUAGGGUGUCAGGUUCCGAGUUGGUUCAGAAGUAUAUUGGAGAGGGUUCCAGAAUGGUUCGUGAACUAUUUGUGAUGGCCAGAGAGCAUGCACCAUCCAUAAUCUUUAUGGAUGAAAUAGACUCCAUUGGAUCUGCUAGAAUGCAGUCAGGAUCUGGGGGUGGUGAUAGUGAGGUUCAACGCACUAUGCUUGAGCUUCUGAAUCAACUUGAUGGCUUUGAAGCAUCAAACAAAAUUAAGGUUCUUAUGGCGACAAAUAGGAUGGAUAUUUUGGAUCAAGCUCUCCUGAGGCCUGGUCGCAUUGAUAGGAAGAUUGAAUUUCCAAAUCCGAAUGAAGAUUCCCGCUUUGAUAUCUUGAAGAUUCAUUCAAGAAAAAUGAACUUGAUGCGUGGCAUUGAUCUGAAAAAGAUUGCAGAGAAGAUGAAUGGGGCAUCUGGAGCAGAGCUUAAGGCGGUCUGCACGGAAGCAGGAAUGUUUGCCCUUCGCGAGAGAAGGGUUCAUGUCAACCAGGAGGAUUUCUUGAUGGCGGUGGCGAAGGUGAUGAAGAAGGAUACCGAAAAGAACAUGUCCCUGCGCAAGCUCUGGAAGUGAAGGAAGCUCUCAUCUCGACAUCCCUGUCAUAUGCCUAAACAGCUGAAGCUAAACAGCGCCAGCGAUGCAUUGAUCGCUGUAAAUUCCUUAAAACAUGUCGAGAAGGGAAACGUUCAACAUCUUACAGUAGCUUCUUUUAAAGUUAUAGAAUUCCUUCAUUGGAUUAUCAAGAUGUGAAAUGAAAAGGUUUAGAUCAAUCUCUCGCUGGUGUGAUGUAAGUUCAUAUUGUUCACUGGAUUGGUUCCACCCUCUGCUCGUGUGUGCACAAUUUAGCCCAGAUUUUGUAGAUCAGGAUAAGUUGCCAACUUACGCCCAUAUUGGAUCAAACUGCCAAUAUCACAAUGGAGAAUGUUUUCGUUAACAA